AAUGAGCAAGUCUGGAGGCUGUUGCAAGAGCCUACUACAUUUAGCGUUUGAUUAUGAAACAACAAAAACUCUGGUUAUUCCCAGCGUAGGGGUCGGAUGUUUCUUCAGGUUCCUCCAGCUUAUGGUGCUGCUGUACGCGGUGGGGUAUGUGUUUCUGGUGCAGAAAGCCUAUCAACAGACGGACUCUGUGAAGAGUACCGUCACCACCAAAGUGAAAGGUUUUGCCUUCACCAAUAAUUCAAACAUGGAUCCUAGAUUUUGGGACGUGGCUGAUUAUGUUAUCCCACCUCAGAGUGUGAAUUCAUUCUUUGUGCUGACAAAUAUGGUUAUUACCCCACAUCAAACUCAAGCACGCUGUCCUGAGCUUCCAAGCCCAUCAACUACUUGUGUGGAUGAUUGUGACUGUAUCCAGGGAUACAAUGAUCCCAGAGGCAACGGUAUAAGGACAGGUCUGUGUGAAAACUAUUCCACGACUGCCCGGACUUGUGAAGUGCUCUCAUGGUGCCCUCUUGAAAUAGACACAAAUCUGCCUGAACACCCACUGCUGGCUGCUGCAGAGAACUUCACUGUGCUGAUCAAAAACAGCAUAACAUACCCUAAAUUCAACUUCCACGCAAGAAACUUACUGCCACAUAUCAACUCUUCAUACCUCAAGAGGUGCCAAUUCAAUCGUACAACAGAUCCUGACUGCCCCAUCUUCCUCCUUAAACACAUGGUUUCAGAGGCUGGAGAGGAAUUUCAAGACAUGGCUGUAAAGGGUGGUGUCCUUGGUAUUAUCAUUGACUGGACCUGUGAUCUGGACUGGUGGGCCAAGAAGUGCACCCCCAAGUACAUCUUCCGCAGGCUGGACAACAAAAAUCCUGUUAAUAACAUUGCUCCUGGAUACAACUUCAGGUAUGCAAAGAACUACAAGACCCCAGAUGGAGUGGAGACCAGAACCUUGAUUAAAGCAUAGGGGAUCCGGUUUGAUGUCCGUUUUGGAACUGCAGGAAAAUUUGGAGUUGUACCAAUAGUAAGCCUAGGUGCAGGAUUGUCAUUUCUUACUUUGGUUCCUAUUUUUGCUGAUAUUUUUAUGUCGACGUGUGCGAGAAAAAGGCAUCUUUACAACAGACGCAAGGUGGAAUAUCUGAAUGAGGAUACUGACACUGAAGCAAUGUCAAUGAGCUCCACGUAUGGAACCCAGUAACAUGAUCACAUCACCGUGGGAUAACUGAGAUGACUGUGAACAAUAAUUUUCAUGAGUGAAUAUCUUCUAUCAUAUGAGCAGUGGUGGAACGUAACAAAGUAAAUUUA